GUGGUGUUGUGGUUUCUGGCUUCCUUUCCUUCGUCCUUAACUUGAUGUUCUUGGCUGGUGUUUGUGUACUUUGUGAUAGGUUAAGGACAACUUCUUGGUUUUUACAUAACAAUGGCGGAUCCAAGUAGAGGAAGAGGUAGGGGCUUAGCACUCCUCCAGGCUUUAAAAAAGUCUCAAAUGAUGGACUCUCCUCCUUCUUCGGAAGACCCCUCUCCAGAGGCCACACCUGGUCCUAGUGUAGCACCAAGUGUGGUAUCUACAGAUGUGGUUCCUCCCUCUACUGCUAGUAUUGGGGGCAGGGGCAGGGUUGCAGCGAUGAUGCUUUCAAAAAUGCAUCAAAAACCUGGACAACCUUCAUUUACUCCUGCUGCCGAUGUCAACCCUAGUGUGCCGCCCCCCAGAGGUGCGGGCCGAGGGCUCAAACUGUUGCAGAAUCUUAAAGCAGUGAAAACAGCUGAGGCUGGCGCCCAAGGGGACAUGAGGCGAUUAACGCAGAAAAUGGCGGAGAGCACUGUGUCAUCCUCUGUACCAGCGUCCACGGUCCAGUCCACUGCUGUUACUGCUAAAAACAAAUAUUUUAGAGAAGUGAAGGACACCCCCCCAGUGGUGAUGAAAGGAGAAACCGGAAGGCCUCUAGAGUGCACUGCCAAUUUCAUCUACCUCAAAUUUGAGGAGAACAACGUGUUUGAGUAUGAAGUGAAAUUUGAACCCGACCAGGACUACAAACAUCUCCGCUUUAAACUGCUGAAUGAGCAUAACCAUUACUUCAAAGAAAAAACUUUUGAUGGGACUACUCUGUAUGUUCCGCACAUGCUGCCUGAAGAAGCUACGAAUUUAGUGUCUGUGAAUCCAUAUGAUAAUAGCAAAGUGCAAAUAUCGAUAAUAUUCCGGCGCACGCGUCGCCUCAGCGAGAUGAUCCACAUAUACAACGUGUUGUUCAAGCACAUUAUGAAAGACCUCCAGUUGGUCAGGUUUGGUCGGCAGCACUUCAACGAGCACGCCGCUGUUCAAAUCCCGCAGUAUAAGCUGGAAGUUUGGCCUGGUUACGUAACAGCUGUAGACGAAUAUGAAGGUGGAUUGAUGUUAACUCUAGACUCCACAUCAAGGGUCCUCCGUACACAGUCCGUACUGUCUUUCAUCAAGGAGACGGUGCAGAGUGACGGAGCCAACUGGAAGAAAGCUAUGGCAGAGAAGCUGAUCGGAUGUUCUGUCAUGACUACGUACAAUAAAAAAUUGUUCCGUGUUGAUAGUAUCGAUGACACGAUGAACCCGAGGUCGACAUUCGAGAAGACUGACAAUGGUGCCACGGUUCAGAUUUCGUAUAUCGAAUACUAUAAGAAGAAUUACGGAAUAGAAAUCAAGGAUUGGGAUCAACCUAUGCUUAUUUCAAGACAAACAAAGCGAAUGCCCGGCUCCGAAGUCCCUACAGACUUUAUGAUCUGCCUGGUGCCCGAGCUGUGUCAGCUGACUGGCUUGACGGACGAGCAGAGGAACAACUUCAGGCUGAUGAAGGACGUCGCCACGUACACCAGGAUAACGCCCAACCAACGACAUGCUGCCUUCAAACAGUACAUUCAAAACGUAUUAGCCAACGAGACGGCCAAAAAUCGCUUGGCAGGCUGGGGUCUCAGUAUAGCACCCGAGACCAUCAACAUUAUAGCGCGCACUCUACCGCCAGAGGAUCUGUACUUCGGCAAUAAUGUCAAGGUGCCGGGCAAACCAGACGCGAAUUGGAAUGCGGAUGUGACCAGGAACUCGGUGAUGCAAGCGGUCGAUGUGCUCAGGUGGGCUCUCUUGUUCACGGAUCGCGACAAACAGGUCACUAAUGAAUUUGUCGACAUACUGAAGCGUUCCUGUCGGCCAAUGGGGAUCAAUGUUUCCGAUCCCGUUUUCGUGCGGCUCCCUAACGACCGCACAGACUCUUACGUCACUGCCUUGAAGAAAUGCUUCAAUCCUUCUCUGCAAUUGAUCGUGUGCAUUUGCCCAACGUCAAGAGAUGAUAGGUACUCGGCUAUAAAGAAGAUAUGUUGCGCUGAUAACCCUAUACCGUCUCAGGUAGUCAACGCCCGUACACUCAUGAACCAGAAGAAAGUGCGCGGCAUCACUCAAAAGAUUCUUUUACAAAUAAAUUGCAAGCUAGGCGGUACAUUAUGGAAUAUCAAUAUACCCAUGAAGUCUGCCAUGAUCAUUGGAAUCGACUCCUAUCACGACGUUAGCCGGAAAAAGCAAAGUGUUUGCGCUUUCGUUGCGUCAUACAACCAAUCGAUGACGCACUGGUAUUCCAAAGCGGUGUUUCAAGAGCGCGGUCAGGAGAUCGUUGACAGCUUGAAGUCAUGUUUGGUGGACGCGCUCAAGCAUUUCUUGAAGACUAACGGAAAAUUCCCGGAGAGGAUUAUUAUAUACAGGGAUGGGGUAGGCGACGGUCAGUUGAAAUUGCUCCAGCAGUAUGAAAUCCCGCAAAUGAAGAUAUGUUUCUCAGUGGUUGGGGAAAUGUACUCUCCUUCGCUCACUUACGUGGUUGUUCAGAAGAGAAUUAACACGAGAAUCUUCAUGAAAGCUGGAAGAAACUAUGAGAACCCACCCCCGGGGACUGUGGUAGACCAUGCUAUUACCAGGCGAGAUUGGUACGAUUUCUUAAUAGCGUCCCAAAAAGUCGACCAAGGUACCGUAACGCCGACUCAUUAUGUUGUCGUCCACGACGAUAGCGGCAUGACUCCAGACCAAUGCCAAAGAUUGACAUACAAAAUGUGCCAUUUAUACUACAAUUGGCCCGGUACAGUAAGAGUACCCGCUCCCUGCCAAUAUGCACAUAGGUUGGCCCAACUUGUUGGCCAAAGUAUACACCAACAGCCGUCUGAGGCAUUAGCAGAUAAGCUAUUUUUCUUAUAAAGUUAUUAUGUUAUUCUUUAUUGGAUUCAGUAAUGGUGGUUUGAUAUGUUGUUAUUAUUGAUUUUUACAUUACACUGAUUGUAUAGCAUAGGAUUUUAAGAGCUCCUUAUUUCAUCUCACGAGAAUUUUCACGAAAUAUAAAAUUCUCGUGUCACAAUGUUCGUUCCCGUACUCCUCCGAAACGGCUUGACCGAUUCUCAUGAAAUUUUGUGAGCAUAUUGAGUAGGUCUGAGAAUGAGUGAUAAGGGUUGUCCAUCAUUAACAUUUUUUUUAACUAGAAAUUACUUUUUAUAUACAAUUUUUUAUAUGGCAAAACGUUUUCCGGGACAGCUAGUUUGAUAUAUAAUUGCAAUACGGCCUGAAACAAAAGUAUCAAAAAUACUUUUCUUUUUAUCUGUAUUGCUACUUAUAAAUAAAAUAACCACCCAUUGAAAAACAAGUCCAAAUUUUUAUUAUUAUAUACAUAACUAAAUACAGGUAUAUUCAUUUUUCGCUUAUUCUUUUAAUUUUAAUGAUUAAAUUAAAGAAAAUAUUAAAAAACAAAAUUACUAAUUCUCCUAUUACAUAAUAACUUAAGUGCCAUUAGAUUCUCGUAGAUACAUGUUAUGAUAGCAUUCAAGCCACUUUACUGAAUUUAAUAAGUCAAUUAAAAAGUUAUUAUUACAUAAUAGAUUUACGUUAUUUUUGUACGUUGACAUUUAAAUGUUCGAAUCAAAUAGUUUUAAGUCUACCUCAUGAUUUGUACCUUGAUUAGUAUGAAUGAGGGAUAUUUUUUAUAGCUAUAUGGUGCUAUACGAUGUGUGUUUUAGUUAUGCUAGUUUUAAGUUGUGAUUCCAAUCUGUUACUAAAUCAUAAGUUUAUUAUAAAAUCCUCAAACUAUGCUCAAAAAAUGCUGGUAAAGAAUUGGAUGUUUCUUUAUGAAUGUAAUAAUCGGUUUUGUAUUGAUUUCAAAACAGACCUGAGUAUAUUUCAGCAUAAAAACAAAAAUUUGCUGACUAAAAGUCCAUUAGAUGUUCAGAAACACUUAUAAAUUCGGCUACAGAUACUUAAGAACUAGUUUGCUCAAUAUGAAGCAUUAUUGCUUAAGAUAUCCCUAAAUAUAUUUGUGUUUGAAGGUCUGUCCCCACAAAUCAGAGAUUUGUUUGACACUGAAGCUCUGUUCACGGCACGUCUAUGGGUAUACAUUACGUACAUGUAGCCGAUUGAGCUUCAUUUUCAAUCUUAUUUUGCAGCUACAUUUUGUGAGGCUUCGGACAGACCUCGUUUCGCCCACGUCCCUGGCAUCUGCCCUGUGUUUGGGUAUAGACUUUUAGUCGUUAAAUUUAAAGACUUUGUAUCGGUGUUAGGACCUAAAUACCAUAAUCAGCGUGUGUAUGACCAGUACUUUAGAAUAAGAGCUCUACAUCUCUUUCCCUUGGAUGACGUUAAAGAUUACUAAGGCAAUAGACACAUUCGUCCAGUGCAGCUUAAAAUACGAUCAUAUUUCGGUUUUGUUCCCCUGCAAAGUUCCGAUGAUUAGACGAGGAGUAGCUUCGGGUAAGAACCUGCCUUACCUGAUCCAGGAUCAUGGUUGCCAUGCGAAGGAUCGCUGGUGCGAAGAUGACCAGACAGUACUUCCACUUUUGUAAGUCGCCUCGGUAAUAUUUCACGGCGAAGAAUAGCGACCUGCCGCUGAAUCCAAUUGAAUAAAAUCUCAAUAAAAUAACAGCCUUAUUGCAUGUGAAUUAAAUUAAAUGUUACUUGCU